UCUGACGAAAAACAAGAGUCCAGUUCCAGGUUUUCAGAGAGAUCCUUCCUUGACACCAAGAGGAAGUGAAAAGCUUUCAGUCUCUGCUCAUGGCCACUGUACAACAGAGAGCAUCAGUGUGCACCAAGGAAAAAGAGACAAAAUAAAAAAAAACUGUUGCAGAAGAGAAGACCUAAGAAUCUUUAGAAUCAUUCUGGAGGUUUCCUGUUCCAGGAAUGAGGGCUGAAGCCUGGCUGGUUCCCAGAUGAUAGAGUUGGACAGAGUUUCUGGCUGUUAGCUCCCUGAAUAAGCGUCUGGUUUUCCCUCGCUGUCUGAAGCAGGGUUGCUCGUUUUCGGCCCCGGGGAGGUUUCGACGUUCCUCCUCCCUGCCUUGUGGCAGUCCUCUGGGUGUUUGUGGGUGCCCGUGUCCCUCGGCUCGUGCCCUUCUUUGAGAGGCUCCUCUUUGCUUCUGUCUCUCCCGGCAAGAUGGCGGAUUUGGAGGCAGUGCUGGCUGAUGUGAGCUAUUUAAUGGCGAUGGAGAAAAGCAAAUCGACUCCAGCUGCCAGAGCCAGCAAGAAAAUUGUACUUCCAGAGCCCAGUAUACGCAGUGUUAUGCAAAAAUACUUGGAGGAAAGAGAUGAAUUGACUUUUGAGAAGAUCUUCAACCAGAAAAUUGGGUUCUUGCUGUUUAAAGAUUUUUGCCUGAAUGAAAUCGAUGAAGCUGUUCCCCAGUUGAAGUUUUAUGAAGAGAUAAAGGACUAUGAAAAGUUGGACUCUGAAGAAGAUCGUUUAUGUAGAAGUCGACAAAUCUAUGAUAAAUAUAUAAUGAAAGAAUUGUUGUCCUGUUCACAUCCUUUCUCCAAACGAGCAGUGGAUCAUGUGCAAACCCAUUUGACUAAGAAGCAGUUGCCACCCAGUCUCUUCCAGCCAUACAUUGAAGAGAUCUGUGACAGUCUACGGGGAAAAAUUUUUCAGAAAUUUAUAGAGAGUGACAGAUUCACUCGUUUCUGCCAGUGGAAGAACGUAGAACUAAAUAUCCAUCUAACUAUGAAUGACUUCAGUGUACAUCGAAUAAUUGGACGGGGAGGAUUCGGAGAGGUAUAUGGAUGCAGGAAAGCUGAUACUGGAAAAAUGUAUGCCAUGAAGUGCUUAGAUAAAAAACGAAUCAAGAUGAAGCAGGGAGAAACAUUAGCACUUAAUGAACGGAUUAUGUUGUCACUGGUCAGCACUGGGGAUUGUCCUUUUAUCGUCUGUAUGACCUAUGCUUUCCAUACACCAGACAAGCUGUGCUUUAUUCUUGACCUGAUGAAUGGUGGAGAUUUGCAUUACCAUCUUUCACAGCAUGGAGUGUUCUCAGAGAAGGAGAUGAGGUUCUAUGCUGCUGAGAUUAUGCUGGGCCUUGAACACAUGCACAAUCGAUUUGUAGUGUACAGAGACUUGAAGCCUGCAAAUAUUCUACUGGAUGAACAUGGUCACGUGAGAAUAUCAGAUCUUGGGCUUGCCUGCGAUUUCUCAAAGAAGAAGCCUCAUGCCAGCGUUGGGACGCAUGGAUACAUGGCUCCAGAGGUGUUACAGAAAGGUACAGCAUACGACAGUAGUGCAGAUUGGUUCUCUUUGGGCUGCAUGCUCUUCAAAUUACUUCGAGGACACAGCCCUUUCCGGCAGCACAAGACGAAAGACAAGCAUGAGAUUGACCGCAUGACACUCACAAUGAAUGUGGAGUUGCCUGAUACUUUCUCUGUGGAGUUAAAGUCUCUUUUGGAAGGUCUGUUACAGCGUGAUGUUGCCAAGAGACUGGGAUGCCUAGGACGUGGUGCCGUGGAAGUGAAAGAACAUCCGUUUUUUAAAGGGAUUGAUUGGCAACAGGUCUACUUGCAGAAGUACCUGCCUCCACUUAUUCCUCCCCGGGGAGAGGUGAAUGCAGCUGAUGCGUUUGACAUAGGAUCAUUUGAUGAAGAAGAUACAAAGGGCAUCAAGCUGUUGGACAGCGAUCAGGAGCUCUAUAAAAACUUUCCGCUGGUGAUAUCGGAACGUUGGCAACAGGAGGUGGCAGAAACAGUGUAUGAUGCGGUCAAUAGUGACACUGAUAAAAACGAGAUCAGAAAGAGAGCCAAGAAUAAGAUGCUUGGCCAUGAAGAAGAUUAUGCUCUGGGGAAAGACUGCAUCAUGCACGGUUAUAUGCUGAAAUUAGGAAACCCCUUCUUGACACAGUGGCAACGUCGUUACUUCUACCUCUUUCCAAAUCGGCUGGAAUGGAGAGGAGAGGGAGAGUCACGGCAAAGUUUGCUGACAAUGGAGCAGAUAGUGUCAGUGGAAGAGACUCAGAUUAAAGAUAAGAAAUGUAUCCUCCUGCGGAUUAAGGGAGGAAAACAAUUUGUGUUGCAGUGUGAGAGUGAUCCAGAGUUUAUUCAGUGGAAGAAAGAAUUAACGGAAGCCUUCAAUGAGGCUCAGAGGGUCCUGCGGAGAGCCCCUAAGGUGCUGAAUAAGUCACGUUCAGCAGUGGUAGAGCUGACCAAACCCCCUCUCAGCCAUAGGAACAGCAAUGGGCUUUAGAAGAGAGCACUUGCUUGUGAGUGGGGGAACAGAAACAAGAGACCUGAGGAUGGUUUUGUGCAACUACUUCUAUAUCACCUCGUACGUGGUCCAGCGUGUUGUUAUUAGUUAAUUAUAUGAUCCCACAAAACAGGAUAUAUAUAUAUGUAUAGAUAUCUGUAUAUCUAUAUCUAUAUAUAUGCAUACGUGUAUGUAUAUAUGAAUGUAAGACUUUCAGAGCAGUUUGGCUGUUUAUUUUCUAUUGGAAGUAUUGAUGAACGAGUGUAGCACCUGUUAACUGCAACCACAGUGAUCGCUGUGGUUAAUGAGCCAACUCCACAGGAAUGGACUGGAGGAUGUUGCCAAAUAAUUUUGGAGAAUUUAUUUUGUCAUGCGUCAUUGCGCCCUGGUGGUGUUCUUUGCUUCAUAUCGGAGGGUCAAAGGAACUUUCACAUACAAAGCAACUGGUUGACUGGACGUGCGUUUCAGUCACUGAUUCGCUCAACUUUAAUUUGCUCCUGGACUCCAGCAUAUCACAAAGGACAUUGACACAUAUCGGUGGUCCGUCCGUCCGUCGACAUGGUUCCUCUGCUAUCAACAUGUAAUUUGGUGACAUGUUCGGUCACCAUUGCGCCGUGUGCCAAUCAUCAUCAUCAUCAUCAUCAUCACCUGUCCUGGGUUUCUCUCAGCGUUUCGAACUUAGUGUCUUGCCUCAUAUCUCUACCAGCUACUACUUUUCAUAUGUGCCCAAUAUUGGGUGACUGUAGACAUCAUUUGGAAGACGGAUUAUUUUAUCUCCAUGGUAACCAGGUGCCAAUUCAUUUCUUGGUUUCCAGAGCAGUUACAUUUGAUUCUAGUUACACAGACUGUGAAAAACAAUGGUGCGUUGGUGCUUAAUUCCCUCCACCCUGUCUCAUAUCCCUGCUGAUUGUAACGUUUCUAUGAAAGACAAGAGAAUGAUUGCGACCACACUGGAUUACCAGAUUUCCAAUGUGUUAAUACCGCUAUCUCUCAGCAGUUGUUAAGUUUUCAUGGCUACUUGGAUGUUGCUUUGUGGCCUGUUUUAUUGAUAGGAUUUCACAGGUUGCUAGGUGACAACACUGUCACACUUCAUUGUCAAGUUUCCAUGGAUAACGAAUGACAAUAUAUGGCUCAGUGUGUUUUGCUAAGUGUCUAUGGUUACAGGAUAUAUAACUAGUUACUGAUUCAUGCCCUAAUCUGCUUCUGUGAUGCCUGGUUCCAGCCAUAGACUAUUCUGCUACUGUUGGGCAGUUUUCAGUUACUGUACAUAAUUCGAUGCUGAUCUACAGAUUUAGUUUGUUCCUGGCUUCCCUCAACACAAAUAUUGAUCCAGAAUGACUGGACUCCAUUCCAUCAUUAACUACUUAUCAUAGUUUGAAGGAGUUUGAAAUCAUUGUGUUGAUGGGAUAUCGACCCACACUCCAUCCUGAAUCCUUUACUUCAGUGCAAUAAAAAUAUUUAGGAAUCCCUGCAUUCUACAACACUUCUGAUCCACAUAGCACAUAAUUUGUUUGUAAAGUCUUUGCCCCGUUCCCACCAUGAAGUGCAAAGUGCCAAUGGACUUUACAAAUUAACGAAGAUUUAAAACAAUGAUUUAAGAGAGAGUAAAAUAUUUAUCAUAGAUAUUACUGUGCAAGUGUACAUAUGUUUAAAAAAACUAAUAUACCAAGAAUUCAUGAUAACAAUGAGAAAAUCUUAAAAUGGUGAUUACGUAGCAUGAGUUGCUUUAUCAACAUGUCUUCUAUGAACAGUGACAAUGUAUUAUUACAUCUUAAUAAUUGAUCAGUUGCAACAAGGGUCAGCUAUUAAUCCGAAUUUAGGGAGCAACAUCAACUCUUUUUUUUGUUGUAUUUUGUUUUAGUUACAGUACCACUAAAAUGUUUAAACCUCAUAUUUUGACUGUAAAAAAUACAACGGUGGUGUGUAUAGUAUUUUCUGGUUACAUUUGCGUUUUGGACUACUACAUUUAGUGCGUACUGAAAAAUAAUAAUAACAAGGACAGGAUUUGGCUCAAAAUGUACCACAACCAUUGCCGUGGCUUACUGCUUUAAUAGAAGGGAGGUUCAAAGAACAGAGAAACCAAAAUGUUUGGAAAAUAUGAGAGGACUGAUACCUGAACAGAUUGAUAUCUUAAUAAUGAGUUCACUUGCUACAUCAAAUGAUGACAUUGGCUUCUUCUUUAAACCAAUGUUGGAUAUUUGUCAGAAGGGCUCAUGGUUGAAUCCAAAGAGGAAUUUAGGUGCCAAUUGUGAAUUUAACUAAUUGGCUGAAUGAAAUCUAGUAAACAUUUCUCACCCUUCAGAAAUCUGCUUCUGCCCCAUUUUAUCUUCCCAUUUUCCUGUUUCCUCUUUUCUCCCUCCCAGCUGCCCAUCUGCCAUAUCCCUCAAAUAGGCACACACUGAUUUAUUCUAUUCCUCAGUCACUCAAUGUUGAAAUAGUAUUAGUGCUCAAUUAUUCAGACAGAUGAUAGUUAUAUUUUUCUCAUAAAUUGAAAAUACUUUAAGACUUUUGUAAUAUCAUUACAUUUGAACAUUAUGAAGAGGAUACCGAUGUUAAUAAUUUCUUUCUUAAAAAGAGAUAUACACACAUUCAAUCUUACGAGAUCUCCUUACAUAAAAAAAGCAUGCAAGUACAAAAUAAUGUCAACUGAUUCAACCUAUUAGUUUUACAAACCAACUAUCCCCUAAUUUUACAUUGUUGCAGGAGCUGUAUUUGAUAAUGCACUUUAAUUUUCAUGGUUCUAUUUUUUGUUCAGAAAUUAUUAAUUUAUUCUGAAUAUUAAGCUUUAUCAAAGGUAUAGUGGAGGAAAGUUGUGUUGAUAUAGAAGAUUAGCCAUGAUCUUGAUUGGCAGAGCAGGAAAGAGGAGUCAGAUGGCUGAGUUUACGAAGUAACUCCUUACUGUCCUACCCUUUAAUCUAUUUUCCCAGUUCUCCUUAGCCAAGUCCAUCUUGUGCCAUUCUGAUUACCCUUAUUUAAGCUUAGGACAGUAGUUUCAGACCUAAGUAGUUUUACCUUCAAACUGAAUUUAAAGUUUCACUGUGCUAUGAUCAUUCUUUUAUUUGGGAUUCUUUACUGUGAGGUUAUUCAUUAAGUAAUCCAGUUGCAUUACAGAAUAAUACACCUAAAGUUACCUGCACCCUGGUUCCUAAACAUAGUGCUCUGAGAAGCCAUCUUGAAUAAACUCAAUGAACUCAUCUUCAAGGCUACUCCUGACAAUUUAAAUUUGUCCAACCCAUUCUUUUUACAGAAUCUUCUUAUAAGCCCCCAUUAUUUCUUAAUUUAUAUUCUGUCCUACAAUACAGCUACUGUUAAAGAGACUAUUUGUACUCUUGUCAAUAACUUCUUCCCCGUACUGUAUCUUAUCAAUAUUGAUUGUGCACCAUAUGCUUCUGAGACAAUUUCAUUUUCAACAGUUGCAGUGAUAUUAUGUUUUAUUAACUGAACCAUCCAAUCCCUUUUCCUUGUUAUAUGAACUUCAAAGAUGCCAAAUAUUUCUGUAUCUUCAUUUCCAAGCCUUGAUUGCUUUUCAUACCACCUCAGUAAGAUUGCAUAUCCAUAUAUUUGCUGUAUAUUUGUGCUGUAAACUCAUCUAUCUUAUUUCCAAUGCUGCAUGCAUUUAGACAAAGAGUAUUUCAUUUUACCUUAUUAUUCAUCCCCAUGAUGCUGUACUAAUCCUCAUAUCUCUGAUCAACAAUUGUCAGCAAUAAUUGCCCUUUCUGCUGCACCAUCUCAACAGUUACACAUUCUUCUGCUGUAUUUUCCUCUUUCUGUGCUCAAUAACAAGCUGGAUGGUAGUAAGAUUACUAUUUUGAAGUCCUGCCUUUUGACCCCCUUUACCUGUAGGACCACAUCCCUCUUCCUCCUUUGUCAUCUGACCAUGACACGGUGAGGUUCAUACGAUAAAUGCGUUAAUCAGAUAUUAAUAAUUCACAGUGCAAGUAUUAUGUGUUAAAUAUAUGACUAACAGGAAGUUGAAAAAUAAUCUCAGAACAUCAGAGGUGAUAAAAUUACAUUUUGGGCAUUCAAUUCCCUAUUUGGAGGUCACAUGCAGCCAGUUUUGUGACGAAUUCCAAGCAUAUAUUUUUUUAAAAAUCCAUCCCUCCAGAGUCACUCCACAAACGUGUUCAAAAGGUGGCCAAAGAAAGGAAAGAAGUUAAAGCUGAAUGCAUUCAGGUAAAUAGUGUAUGAGAGUAUAAAUGAAAACAGUGCUGAAACCUGCAAGAUGGUUUGUGAGGCAGCUGUUAAAAAAGAUGCUUUAUGAAAGAUAUCUAAGCUGAGAUUUGUGAAGUUAAGGACUUCAGUUAAUGGAAGAAGUACAAAAACUAACCUUUUCCAGUUAAUAGAAAAACUUAAGAGAUAUCUGUAAUUUGAAAAUAUCCUUAAACCAGGGCAGUGGAAAGAUAGACCAUGCUAUUAACGUAAUCUUCAAUGUAACUAUUAAAACUGUUAUAAUUCCUUAGUAUCUCCUGAUAGCAAUCACGCAAGCUUGGGUGCGAUUUCUCAGAUGUUGAGAAACCAAUUGCAUCCUGCUCAGAUGACUAACCAUUGUGUUCUCUCUAACCCAACUUAAAUUUUUAUACAGUAUUCUUACUGAUUUUUAUCUUGUGAAUGUGCCCUCACAAGGCACAAUACUGACAUUGCAUAAGAAUCAACACUCUCAAACACUGCCAAUAAACUUUCAGUUAAUGAAGUCUUGGUUAACCUGGAUUUAAGUUUAGGCUAAAGGCGCUUAAAAACAAAUGGAAAUCACUGCCGACAGUGAUUUCUGUUUAUUUUCCCAGCUGGAAUGGAGUUGGUCCUGAUAUUCCUUUAUUGCUUGGUUUAUCCACAUUGAUCCUCCUUCCAUCAUAUUUUAAAUACUUUUUACUUCAAGAUUUCAUUGAUUUCCAAUAAUUGGUCAUUAUUGCUAAUCUAAAUUUUCUUGAAAGAGAACUCGUAUAUGUUUUUCAAAUUUUAGAUGUUACGCAUAUAAUUUCCAAUAACAAACAUUCUUAGUCAUUUUGUGACUAAUAAGUAGAUGUAAAUGUUAUUUAGCAGAUUUUUAUAUUUUAAUAUCUUUUAAUAUAUUUCCGUUUUUAAGUGGAUUUGUUUUGAUAUCACUGUCCAGGUAGUUUAGGUGAAAUGUUUAGGUACAGCUGCAGGGAGGUCAGAAUUUCCGGUGAUAUCAGACUCUGGUCCUGCCGAUGCAUAAUCUGAAUUUGUUCAUUGAGUUAGUACUGUUUAAUUAAUUGUGAAAUUUGAUGACAAGGGGAGAAAUGUUGUUGAGGGAGUGGAAAUAAUUGUGUGUGAAAAUGGCAGGUUUAUAAAUAUUAUUUGAAAUUGCAAAAAAAGUACAGAUAAUUAAAAAGUACUUUACAUGGGCAUGUUUCCUCGUCUCUUACAGGAUCUAGCACCUGUUUUGUUAUCUGCUAAAGUAUUCUGGGCUAUAGCCGCCAUACCAAAAUCUAUUGGCCAGUUUACUGAAGAAAACAUUUUUAAAGUUUGUCCACUAAAAUGAAUGAGUACAUUUAAGAGUCAUGGUAGGAAAGAAAAGUAGCACAUUUCAUGUUGAAGGAUACAAGUGUCACCCAGGUGGAAUCCUCCAAUUUGUCAGAAAAUUGUUAUUUUUGUCUCCUCUUCCCUAGUGAUUACUGCAAUCCUUUUUAAUGAAGGGGAAUAAACCAUAUCAUCUUCACAUUCUAACCUCAUUCCCAAAGAACAUUACCUCUACUUUCUAGGAAGAAAACCAAGUUACCUUCAAGCCACAGUCUAAUCAUAGAUUCAUUCUGGGAUCCACAACCGCCUGCUUUACCUUACUCACCAGCUGCCAGUGACCUACCUUGUUAACGCUGUACAUGGAGUUAUGGUGCUCAGAUUACUCUGCUGCUAUACGGUACUUGCUAUUACCCUGCAUGCUGGGACAUCUAUUUGUUUAAAUUAUAAUUUUAAAAUAAGUGGUCAAACCUGAGAUGAAUUUUACUAUAAACCAUGAUUUAGGAAAGGGCUAUCAAAUAAAGAGAAGGUUGUCAUUGCUGAAAUGCUGGAAUUAAUAAACAGUUUAGUCAGCACCUGUAAACUCAAUAUAUAGGUUACGGUUUGUGUGAUAAAUGUUUAUCAUCAGUUCAGAGCAUUAACAUUAAAGAAGAUUCAGUACAAAUAUACAGUAAAAUGAUAAAAUGUUUCCCUGCACUGAGUUAAAAUUCAUAAAGAUGUAAUUUCAAAGCUUUAUCAUUGGUCUUUAAAUUCUGAAAUGCAAAUAAUCCCACUGGCUGCCAUGCGGAUUGUUCUAAUUCCUCCGAGUGACAUACACUUUUGAACAAUCAUUCAAAUUUCAAAACUACUCAUACUUAUCUUACUUCUAUUUACUGAUAAAUAAAGCUGGAUAAAUAAAGAAUUUGUAAAAAUCAAAUUUAUCUAUGGAACCCUCAGAAAAUGUAGCUCUUCCUGUUGUUCAUUUCAUUUGGCUGCCUUGCAUCCUGUCAAUACUUCUCACAGGUUGGCAAAUGUACAUGCAUGCUUAUUAUUGUCACAUGUACUGAGAUACAAUGACUUCCAAUUAUUGAUGAGGCAAAUUCUGUGGAAGUAGUAUAUAAGUCUGAAAGGCAAUGUGGGAGUUAACAGAAUCAAAAUGUGAGGAAAAAUAAGCAGCCAUCUGUUCCUUCAGUGGUAUUUCUGAAGGUUUUAAAUCUGUGAUUUAGCCAAAUGAGCUCUCCUUCAACUUGCACAAACUCAAUUACAAGUUUUAUUUCUUUAAAAAAAGAGCCAAAAGUUAGUCUGGAAUAAUUUUCACUCACAGGCAUAGCAAGUGGAUGCUAACUCCAAACAAGUAAGCACUAUGAGUUACAUAUCUAAGUAAGUGCUUCCCUUCUCCAUGUUUACUCUUUUAUCAUAUAAUACUCCUUAUUCAUGUAGAUCUGCCAUGCACAACUAUUCCUUCACCCUGCAGGCAGGCAAUAUAAUGGUAUCAGUAAUCCAGUGACAAUCCUGAAAAGUUUACUAAACCAAUCACCGAGUCCAAGGAAGUGUGCCAGUACUUUAUUAAAAGUCAAAUUUUAAUUACGUUCUUUGUGAAAUUCAUAUUUUUGGGCCUCUAUACUGAAGCAAUGAUUUAUGGCACCAGUUUGUGGUAAAUUUUGUGCUUUUUGGGUCUUUGCACAAUGAAUAAAUUGAUUCAUUCAGAAAUUUGUAAUUAUCAUUAGCUCGAUAAGGUUUAUUUUAACUUUAAAAUCGUAUUUUUGCACCAGUUUUCAGGGAUGUGAAAGAAGCUGCUUUGCAUUAAUGAGGCUGUCUAAAUCGGGUUAAUUCCUGUACUUUUUUUACUGCUGAAGAAAUGCUUUAAGGAUGUAUUGGGAGUUGCAGCAUUUCUAGUGGUGGCCUACGUGGUUUAAAAGUCAGCUCCUUUAUCCCCAUUGCUGAACCCAGGGUUCAAAAAUCGAGGCUCCAUGAAGCAAGGAUUAAGCUUGGGUUGGUGGUUGGGGGAAAGAGGGACUAUUUCAGGUAGGGAAGAUUGUCAGCCAUUGUGCUUAAGCAGUUUUCAUCAUGAUUCUUGUAUUAUUUAACAAAUGUGUUUCACAUAAUUUCUGAGCAUGUGUAAGCUUGAUCCUGGAGAUCCAGCCAUGCUCCCAUUUAUGCCCAUGACAAUCAACCUGCAGCACAUUGGAGGCUCUUGGAAAGAAGCUCCAGGAAAUUUGGGCUCAGGGGUGUGCACAUUCUAUUGUUUAUCAUUGACGUUUUUGAUUUGAUUGCAGUUGAAUUUCCACAAAGAACGUGGCUGGUUUGUAAUCAAGAUUGUUUAAUUUAAAACAAAUGAGAGAACGAUCCAUUGAUAGCGUUUAACUUAGGACAUAAUUAAAAGAAAAUAUGUAGAAGUUGUUCGAAGCUCAGUUUGUAUCAAGAUUGCCCAUCAUCUAACCCUUUGUCAUUUAUUUGGGUCAAUUAUAUAACAAAAAAAAAGGUGCAGAGCACCAGGGCUGAAAGGAUCCAGGGAUAGGCUUGUCUACAGUUGUGUCCAACAGGACACAUGCAUCAAAAAUGUACAUGUGGUACAAGCCCACAUUAGCCCCCACGAAGAUAUGCUGCAUCUUCAACUUCUAUACUGUGCUUGAAUUUUAAAAAAAGAAAAAAAUGUUUUUUAAGCUUUUGUCUAUUGACUGAAUCUUGUUGUUAUUAUGUCAAACAAUGUGUAUAUAGUCUGGAAAAAAAAAGAAGCAUCUUAUUUACAGAAUGUCUGACCUCUUCCCUCCCUUUCUCCCUGUUCGUUGAUCCUCCGGUCUUCAAUCUGCAUCUUUUCCAAAAGUGUCUACCUUACUGUGUAAUGGAUUCAGCUGUAAUUUUUUUUGGUGGCAUGAACUUGGAUGAACUAUCUUCAGUGUAAAAUUCAAAAUCGGUGGGGGGGUAGGGACAAGAAAGACAUGUUAUGUUAUUUAUUUGUGAAACUGUCCGUUUGACAUCAUUGUGACAUUCUGACAUUCCAAACUGAACUCUUGUCUGAAUUAUUACUGUGCAUGUGGUCAUAUUUUAUUGCUUCUCUGAUUCUUUUGAAUCUUAUCUGAUGUUCUUAUGAAUUCAAAUAUGGAGAUUCAAACAGACAUUAUCUCCUCUGGCAGAACACUUAGUAAAGGCAGCAUGAAACUAAGCCAUACUAUAGAACAGGAGGAGACAUAAGAGUCCCUCAACUUUGUUCUGCCUCCUGUCAUUCAGUGAGGCAUGAUCAAUCCACCUAUUUCAGUCUGAGUGCCAUUCGCUGGCAAAAUCCAUCCUUCCCAUUUAUGUAGAUUAAUUAAGAUAGCAUCUGCUACUUUCUUAAGGGGUUCCAAGACAUUUCCUCCAAAUGGAAAUAAUGGUUCCAUUUCCUGUUUCUGCAGAAUGACCUGAUCUGAGCCAGUGUGGCAGUUUGGCUUGUAAAAGGAACAAGCCAACAUCACCCCUUUGAAGUACUUUCCAGUGAUUGCCCUCUGGAAAGCAGAUUGUGGGUGUUGUAAAGAAUUGGGCUUGAUUGUGUAUCUUCCUGUUCUGGAUAUUAAGAGCGGCCACUUAGCUAACUUAGUUGGGGGAUGUUAGCCCUUAAUGGAAUGGUAUCCCAGGAUUUUUUCAGAAGAGGAGAGAAAAGUGAAAGAAAAGGAUUUUGUAUACUUCCAUAUGAAAUAUGGCAUUUUAUCAUAAUAAUGCCUGCACCUUUCAAGCUACCAUUGGUUUUAUAAAGGUGGUAUUGAUGAGAUUUAUAUUUAUAAAGCACCUUAUCAUGUUGACAAAUUUCAGAGAACUUUACCAAAUUGAUGACUGUUGGAGCUCAGUGACUCAUGAAUACAAUUGUCAGUUUUGUGUACUGAAUUAGAAGAGUAUUCUGUUUGCAGCUAGCAGGGGUGAAAAUGUAAUCUUUAAAGUAUUAGGCUGCCUGCAAUGCAAUUCUUCAACUUGGUCCAUGGAUCACUUGCACUGCCUAUUAAUUUAGGCGGCAAUAAUCCUGUUUAAAAUUAUUACCAGGCCACAUUUCGACAAAAGUAAGUGCUAAUCUAAUUGGCAAAUGGAUACUAUUCUCCCUCAUUUAAAAUUGAAGUGUUAAUACAUUCAAGCUCCUUCCACCUUUGUCCCACAACUGUUAGUCUACUUGUUUGUUGAAACUCAUCUUCAUUUGUUGUGUACUUCGUUUCAGAAUUUAAAUGCUGCACCAUUCAUCACAUCAAUGUUUCUUAUUUCAAUCUUCAGCAGAAUGAGUUGAAAUCCUUUUUUCAAUAUCCUCCAUGUUAGCACAAAUGCAACACCAUAGUUUCCAUUUUGUUGAGCUGUAUAUUUCAAUAAAUCAUUUCAUAUUUUUUCACUAAGGUAAUGGUUCUUGUAAAGAGAGAUUGUGCUUAUUGUUACUCAGGGUUGUUAUUUUCAAUUAACACUCUAAAAGAAGCAUACAUACUUUUGAAAGACAUUGUUAGUGAAUGUAAUCAUCAUAGUUUACGCUCACCAUGCCAGCGUUUGUUCUUAAUAAGAGUUUGCACUCUUUAUAGAAGUGUUUUGCUGUGUAGCACAGCACAAGACUGGGAAUUUGUUUACAUUAAUUUCAAUAUUAUGAAGGUUUACAAUUGCAGAUUACUAGUUUUAUAAGAAAUGGAAAUGGUCAGUUUUGCCACCCAUGUGAUUAGCAAUAUUUCUCAGAUUUUGCUAUUGCUAGCAGCAGCUUCUAGGGAAGAUUCGGUUGCCGGGAUGAGAUUGUAAUCUACCAACAACAGGGAAGUUUGGACUAAUAAAUAAUUCUGUAGCUCACAUUAAUCAGAUCCUGCCUUUCCCUAUUGUACAACACAAAGUCAAGUAAUGUACCUCUGUAAAAUUAGUGAUACCCAAAACUUAAUGAGCUGACACCAUUAAAGCUUAUGGGACCAAAGCAGAAGGCAACAGGUCGAAAAAUAGAUAUCAAAAGGAGGUAAAACAUUGCGCAACAGGAGGAUGCCUGCCUUUAUCACUUUUUAGUUAAUGUUUCAAAUUAGUGAAUUUCGCUGAAACAAUAGCAUGGAAGGUCACGAUUAAAUAGACACAAUCAUUCAUCUGGAUGUUAAGUAAUUAAAAUGUCAACUUGAGUACAAAUGGUUUAGAUUGACAGCCCAGUGUGUCAAAGGAGGAACCGCUUUUCAUAUGAUUCAUUAGUUGCCUCAAACAAAAACAUGGCACCGUUGCAAAGGGAAAUUAACCCCUAUGUCUUCAACUCAUUUCACUAAAAUAGAUAUUUUCGUUGUCCUGUUUGUAAAAGUUCUACCCUUGGAAAUGGGCCGCCAUACUUUCUAUUAUUGCAAUAUUUCACAAAGUAAGCUGCUUUGGAGCAUAGAAAGGAGAUGAAUGGUACUCUAUAACAGAAUAUGUUUUAUACUGUGGAUGAAAUUCCUGACAGUAAAAUUCCUAGUUUUACCUGGUGUAAGGAUUGUGUGCAGGGUAGAAAUAAAUAUAUUGUGUCCACAAGGAUGUUAUUACAUCAACCUGCUGCAAUCUGGUAACUAGUACAGUAGAGUGGUGCAGAGACUGCAAGACAUGCCUCUCCCUUAUCCACUCUGCUCCCAAUGGAGUAAAUGUACCUUCUGGAGCCAGUUACCGUUGUCUCUUUUAGCCCUAAAUGGGAAUGGAUCCUAUUUUCUAAACUAGUGAAAAUAUUGCUGGAGCUUUUUAAGAGGGGAAUUCUGAGGAGACCCUGAAAAAUCAUCAGACUCACAGGAAUAUUGGGGCCUGUAUUAGUUUUUAUUCUUUUUUCUUGAUUUUAUGACUAUACAGUAUCCCUAAACCAAGCAGUUUCAAGAGGUAACACAGCUCUGAUUAUCUUGAUGUUUGCUUCUUUCAGACUAUCAGUAUCUGAUCUUCACUUGGAGGUGAUUGGGGAUUGAUAAUUGGAGCGUACCAGAUAUAAAUAAACAUAUGCAGUAAACUUCCCAUUCUGCCUUGGUCUAUCACUAACUAGUCUGGGAAACUAGAUUGAGAUUAAUUAUGAUAUUAGUAUAAAUAAUGCAAAUGUUUAUGAAUCAUGAAUGGGGCCCAGUGAAAGGGAAAUAAGGGACAAUUCAGUUGUCUGCCGAGGGAGUUCAGGCACUGUCCAACAGACAUGCAUUCGGAACACUGAAUUGUGACAUUUUAGCUCUAAAUUGAAAGAGCAGGGAAACUUCAACCUUAACUGAUUAGAGAAAUAAACAUGGUGCAAAUGUGGAGGUCACUGUUUUUUGAAUAAAAAUAUUGUGCCCUGUAGGUAUAGAUGACAGAAGGAAUUAUCUUAUUGUGCAACAAUUAUGUCAGUAAUUAAGGCUAUGAAGCUGCCUUUAUAUAUUUGGGUGUUGCCUGAUGGAUGCCAGGUAAACCAUUGGCACCUUCCUCAAUAAACAUUAACCAUUUUCCAUUGUGGCCUAUUGAAAUUGUAUACAAUGACUUCAGAGCUUCACAGCCUAUGAGAAAAGUAAUCACAAUUGUUCCAUUGGCUGUGAAGAAUUUAAUGAUCAAAUUGCGUUUAUUGUUUUGACUGAGGGAUAACUUGACUAAUUGUCUAUGAGAACUCCCUUGUCCUUCUCCGAACAGGACAAGGUAGCAUCAGAUUCAAAUGAUAUGGCAGUCUAAGACUUGUUUAACAUUAUGUUGAACAGAAUUAUGGGAAGUACUCAUUGGAGUUCAUGGACUGCAACCUCCUUACUCAAGGUAAGAACUCUUCAACAGGAUAAAGGCUAAUAGGAGAAGGAGCUUUAGAUCCAUGCAGUGAGCAUCUAGACUGAGAACGCCUGGUACUAACAAUUAUCAGCGUGACUGAUUUGAUACCAAGAAGACAGUGUUAGGCCUAAUAUAGUUACAAAACCAAGUAUAAACAAAACAAAAAAUAUUAACAAGUGAAAAAUAAUAAAUCAUAAUCAGGAAAGUUGCCUAUUAAUAUUUAAUUUCCUUAUUCCAUUCUUAGAAAUCAUGGCUUCAAGCACCUCUUGCAAUUUAAUUACAUAUAGUAAUUUUUCAUUGCAUUGUGUCUAUUCCAUUAAAUGCCCCACUCUCUCCAUGUCUCUUCUAACCUGUUCUCAUUUUACUAGUGCACCUCUAUCUGAGAUUGCAACAAUUAAUCACACUCAUGACCAAUGUCCAUACUUUGUGGUUCUCCAUAUCCACAAUAGUCUCAUUGAACCCAUGUCUUGCAGGAGAAAGUAAAGAAAAAUAAAUUUAUUUAUAUGGAACUUUUACACUUCACACCCAAUGAAGCGUUGAAAUCUGUAGCUUAGGAAAUACAGCAUCCAGCUUCUAUAACACAAAAUCUGCUGGAGGAUCUCAGUCGGCCAAGCAGCAUCAGCUAAUGCUGGAGGUUGGAACUGUGGUAGAUUUUGUGCUGGUCCAGUUUCCAGCACCUGCAGUCUUGUGUAUCCACUUUGUACAUGCAGAGUACAACUAAGCAACAAACUGAAUGACCAGUGAUGUUGGUUUGCACUAAAUAAUUGCACUGGACAGUGGGGAUAACACCUUAAUCUUCUUGCUGUUUUUUUUUGGUGAGACAAAAUGGGUCGUUCACUCAGAAUUUCAAUUAAAAUACUUCACUUCCAAUAUUCACCAUCCUUUACAGCUAAGCCGAGUGGUCACCCUUGAUCUUAUGCUCAAGUAUUUGGAGUGGCACUUGAACAGAUACUGACUCAAAGAUAUGAGUACUUGUCAAUUAGACAAAGCUAACACUGAAUGUGUAAACCAAGAAAGAUGGAAUAAAAGGCAGUGAGGAGGAGGUUAAGCUGUGUAUCAUUUCAUAUAUGAAUGACAGUAUCAAUUUUUA